GCGGUCCCGGGCGGCGCCGCGGGGUCGGGGCCGCGCGCAUUUCGGGGCCGGCGGGGGUCAGGCCGGGCCGGGCCGGGCCGGGCCAUGGCGACCUCGGAGCGGAGUGCGCUGCUCACGUACCGCCUGUGCGGCGGCUCGGGCGAGGAGGAGCGGGGCCGGGAGCGCGGGCGGGCCGCCGCCUCCGCCGCCCCCCGCAAGCUGCCCACAUUCCUGGGCGUCGUGGUGCCCACACUGCUCUCCAUGUUCAGCGUCGUCCUCUUCCUGCGCCUCGGGUUUGUGGUGGGCCAUGCUGGGCUGUACCAAGCCUUGGCCAUGUUUGCAGUGGCGUACUUCAUCAUUGGCAUGACGGUGCUAUCUGUGUGUGCCAUUGCCACCAAUGGAGCUCUGGAUGCUGGAGGAGCCUACUACAUGAUCAGCCGUGCCCUGGGCCCGGAGUUUGGAGGUAGCAUCGGAAUCAUGUUUUUCCUGGCCAACGUGUGUGGCAGUGCCCUCUAUGUGCUGGGGCUGGUGGAGGCAGUAGUGGACAGCUUUGGGAUCCCACCUGGGCAAAAAGUGGGCACAGGCGUCCAAGUCCUGCCCCAGAGCUACUGGUAUGAGCUGCUCUACGGCACUGUGCUGCUGGCCCUCUGCCUCAUCGUGUGCCUCGUGGGUGCCUCCAUCUAUGCCAAGGCCACCUUCCUCAUCUUUCUCAUCGUUGCGGGCGUCCUGGGGACCAUCCUCGUAAGCUUCUUUGCCACGCAGCCCAUCAGGGUGCCCAUCCGCCUUCCCAGCGUCAAUGGCUCCAAGAUUGAGAACGGCUCCUUCACUGGCUUCUCCCUUGCCACCCUGCAAAGCAACCUAGGGGGUGGGUAUGGGGUGGACUACACCACUGGGCAGAAAAUGAGCUUCAGCUCCGUUUUUGCGGUGAUGUUCAAUGGCUGCACUGGCAUCAUGGCAGGCUCCAACAUGUCAGGGGACCUGAAGCGCCCAAGCUACUCCAUCCCACGGGGCACCAUUUCUGCCGUGCUCUUCACCUACCUCGUCUACAACCUGCUGGCUUUCCUCAUGUGUGCCACCUGCAACAGGAUCCUCCUGCAAAAAGACUAUGGCUUCCUGCGUGACAUCAGUAUCUUCCCACCCAUGGUCACUGUGGGCAUCUAUGCUGCCACCCUCUCUGCAGCCAUGAGCAACCUCAUUGGGGCAUCUCGCAUCCUCUAUGCCCUGGCUCGAGAUGAUCUUUUUGGCCGGGCGCUGGCACUGGCCAAGAAGACAUCUGCGAGUGGAAACCCUGUGAUGGCAGUGAUCCUCUCCUGGGUGGUGGUGCAGCUGGUGCUCUUCUCUGGGAAGCUCAACACCAUUGCAGGGGUCGUGACCACCUUCUUCCUUCUGGUUUAUGCCACCGUCAACUUGGCUUGCCUGGCACUGGAGUGGGCAUCAGCCCCCAACUUCAGGCCCACUUUCCGGUACUUCACCUGGCACACAUGCCUUUUGGGCAUCGCGGGCUGCUGCGUCAUGAUGUUCCUCAUCAGCCCUGUGUCAGCCUCAGCAAGCCUGGGCUUCCUUCUCCUCCUCCUCCUUGCCCUCCACUACCUCUCACCCAGCAGCACCUGGGGCUACAUCAGCCAGGCCCUCAUCUUCCACCAGGUGCGGAAGUACCUGCUGAUGCUUGAUGUGCGGAAGGACCAUGUCAAGUUCUGGCGUCCGCAGAUGCUGCUGAUGGUGCAGAACCCACGGGGCAGUGCUCGUCUCAUCGACUUCGUCAAUGACCUCAAGAAGAGUGGCCUCUACAUCCUGGGCCAUGUUGAGCUGCAGGACUUGGACACGCUGCCCUCCGACCCACUGCAGCCCCAGCAGGACUCAUGGCUGAGCUUGGUAGACAAGCUGAAUGUCAAGGCCUUCGUCAGCCUCACCCUUGCACCCUCGGUGCGGCAUGGUGUCCGGCAGCUUCUCUUCACCUCUGGCCUUGGUGGGAUGCGCCCCAACACUCUGGUGCUGGGCUUCUAUGAUGAUGCAGCACCGCAGGAUGGUCUGGCCCGGCACCCCGCCUUCACCAGCACCCGUGAGGAUGUCCCCUUGGGCUUCCCCCCGCUGCGGGCACCUGAUGACCCCAAGCUGUUGUCAGCUCGGGAGUACGUGGACAUCGUGGCUGAUGCCCUGAAGAUGCUUCGCAAUGUCUUGCUGGCCCGGCACCUGGAGGGCCUGGACAAGGCCUGGGAACUGCGUCGGGCUGCCAGCUCCCCACCCGCCAUCCAUGUCUGGCCCGUCAACCUGCUGCGGCCCGACAGCGCACGCUAUGCGGACACCUGCAGCCUCUUCCUGCUGCAGAUGGCCUGUGUCCUCAACAUGGCACGAGCCUGGCGCCGGGCGCGCCUGCGCCUCUUCCUUUGUGUGGAGGCAGGUGCCAUGCCCCACGCCCAGGAGGAAAAGCUGCGCCAGCUCCUCAAGGACUUGCGUAUCCAGGCCCAGAUCCAGCUGGUGCCCUGGGAUGCUGUCACCUGCCUACACUGGCAAAAACCCCGGGAAACCCCAGGGGGGCCGCUGCCCACCAGGGCGAUGGAGGAAGAGAAGGAGGAAGGAGCUGUGAACUUCCCAGCCAAUGCCACCCAAGUGUCGGAUGAGUACAUCUGCGCUGCCAACAAACUGGUCCUGGAGCAGAGCCCCACGCCAGCUGUGCGCUUUCUUUACCUGCCACGGCCACCGGCCGACACCAGCCUCUACCUGCUCUACCUGCACCAGCUGGAGCUGCUCACCCGCGGGCUGGGCCCCACUGUGCUGGUGCACGGGGUGAGUGCUGUCACCAGCACCCAGCUUUAGGUCACCUCCCAGGUCCCUUCCAGCUCCCUGUGCCCUCCUUUGCCCAGUGCCUUUAGCAGCCUAAGCCUGGUGCUGGCCCCUGCCCCGGCCACCCCUCAUCCCAGCAGGCAGGGAGGGGUCAGGUGCCGGGCGCAGGGGGCGGAUUGUUUUUUUUUCGGGGUGUGUCUCCUGCAGAGGGUUAAAGCUGCCCUGGCAGGAUCUGGGCACAGCCCUGUCUCCAGCCAGGCUCUGCUGAGCAUUCAUGGUGCCUUUUCUGUGGGGUAGUAGUGGGGGAUAGCGGGAUCCCUUUAGGGCUUGAGGUCUGGGAGCCCCAGUUGGCUGCUGGGAGCCACUUGAUCACACCCUGCACUCCCCCUUCCUCAUGCUUCCCCUGUUCCACAGCCCCCAGCCUCUCCUCCGCUGGCUCCUCCGGGCACCCAGCCAGCAGCGGGGAUUGAUUAAAGGCAGCCUCGACCUUGGUGCCCCAGCUCCUCGCCAUCCUCCCUCCCUUUCAUUAGGAAAAAUGAAAUGGGAAGCAGUGGGGGAGGGGAGUCCAGAUGCCUGGAUUCCCUGCCUGAGGCUGGGGUGCAGGGAGCAGUCGGGUGCUGGCCCUAAUGGCUGUGGGGUAUAGCACCCCACACCUUUUUAGGCAGCCCCAAUGCUGCUAGGUGGGGGACACCCUGGUGCAUAAAUCUUGUUGGGUUCCCUCAUGGGCUCUGAGCCCCUGCUAGUGAGGGGGAAAUUAUGUGGGGUGGGGUCCUUGCUGGAUACCUAGGUCUCUUGGCCCUGCUUUGGGGCAGGAAUAGGCAUUGUCACCUCCCCACACCCAUCAUGACCUCAGGGGAGCUGGCAUUGCCCCUUUCCUCCCCUCCACACACCCCUUAUUGAUUAGAGGAGGGCAGGAAAUUGCUUGGGUACUGGAUAAUAAAUCCCUUGGGUGCCUGGCAGGUGGGCAGCGUGCCCGGGUGCUGCUUGAUGGAUCACUUCCUAUUAGCCCUGGCACUGGGUAGCUGCUCUGGGCCAGCCUGGGUUCCAGUGGAUGGGACAAGUGUGGCGCUGCCGACUGUGCCUGCUCUUGCCAAGCCUGAUGUUGCCAGCUCUGCUGGAAAAACCCAGGCAGAGAGGUGUUGCUGGGGAGAAAAAACUGUGUGUGGGGGGGGGGAAGCCUUGUUCCCCAUAUUUUACAACAGAUUGUACCUGAAUUUGUACCCAAAUCCUCACCCCAGCUGGUGGUCCUGGGGCUGGGGCUGGCUUUGCUCCCUGUUGCAGGAGAGGGGUGCCCGGAGCGGACACCAUGCAGCCCGUGGGGUUUAUUUACAAACAGACGGGAGCUGGCACAGGGCAGCCGGGCACCAGCGGGACCCAGCGGCCUAUAAUGUUAAUUAUCACCACAUAAUUAAAAGCCCAUAAAAAGCCUCACACUUCAUUAAAUUAAAGCUUCCCCGCACCGUGCCGAUGGGCUCCAGCAGAGUUAACCUUGGCCGUGCCAGGCACUGGCUCUACCACAACUGGAGACCCGUGGCCGGGGGCAUGCAGCCCCCCCACAUUGUUGUAGGGGUGCAUGGGCAUGCUCCAACACCAUCACUCAGGGGGAGCACACCUAGCUGUAGGCACAGUGUCACAGAUAUGGGGAUGCUGUCCCAGUUGGAGAUGCCCACAUGGUAUUGUGUGGACGCGUGUGCCCACAGCACCCCUGCAGCCACACUGUCACAUGCACCAGAAUGUGGGCAGAGGGCUGACACAGACACACAUGAGCACUCCCAGAUGUGCACAUGCAGUGUGUGUGACCGCUGCAAAGGCAGCAUUACAUGCCAGCCCAGCAGCUCCGGCGCACAACACCCACGCGGCACACACCUACACAAACAGGAUUUUUCCCACCCUCCCUCCUAACAUGCAGACAAACAGACACACAGGCAAACAGACACACACCCUGUCUUCUCCAGGCUCCCAUCCAUUGCUGCCAGUGCCUGCCGAGGUGACGAGCUGUGGGAAGAGCACCCAUCUGUGCCUGCCUUCUCUGUGCCUCAGUUUCCCCAAGGGCACAGGGGAGUGCCUGGGGAACCACCAAACCCUCCUUGUAGCUGGGUGCCCUGAGACAGGGGUGCUGUGCUGAGGUCUGCAAGGGGGAGGGAUUGUAUGUGUUAAGGAGGGAUAUGCAUGGACUAGGAGUGUGUGUGUUUGCACAGAAGGCGGGGGCUGUGCUUGGGGGUGUGUGUGUGUGCACAGGGGGUCUGUGAAUGCGCAGAAAGGCUGUCUAUCCAUGCACAUGCAUUGGGGUGUUUGUAUAUCCACCCCUAGGUGUGAUGUGCUGCUGUGCACACAUCUCAAGGCAGGGGAGCACACACACAUGCGAACACAGGGUGUGCAAACUGGCACACGCGUGUGCGUGGCACCCCAGGCACUGCCACCAAGCAGGGCUGUGGGCAGGGGCCAGCCGGGGUGCUGUGGGGGGCAGGCGCUGGCGGCUGCCCGUGCCCUGGCCCCGCGGGGGUGGGCAGCCAACGGGGCCUCGGCUAUUUCUUGGAAAUUUCGUAGCAUUCAUUUCAGUGCAAAUAAAAGCUGUCAUUGCCGGAGAAAUGAUACUGAUCGGGGUCUGAAAAGACAGCAAAUUACC